UUUAAAAAAAAAAAAUCCAUGAUAUCCUUUGUCUUUAAGGAAUAUGUUAUUAAUGUAAUGUAACGUAAUAUAAUGAAUCGUUUUGAAUAAUAUACAGUCCAUCUACAUGCAUAAGAGCAAUAGACGUAGUACUUCUAGGACAAAUACAAUGUUGAAGUGUGCUGCAGCCUUUAGCCUGCAACAUUCGUUCAGUCCGUCAUCCGCGGAAUAACAAUCACCUCUCGCACUUUAUCGAGAAGUACACAUCUUGUUUUUUUGGGAGGUUUACAUUACCGAUAUGUGGUGGUUUGGGUUCUCAGUCAUGCCCCAGCUGAGACCGUGAUCAGUGCCCCCAGCAUCUUCCCCAGGCCUAGGCCUGGUUUGGCGCAGCCUGAGCCAGCAUGUCCAGCUCCGGCUACCCCCCCAGUCAGGGGGCCUUCAGCAACGAACAAAACCGUUACCCUCCACACUCUGUCCAGUACACCUUCAGCUCAGCACGCCAUCAGCCGGAAUUCACCGUCCAAGACUACCGGACACACAUUCAGGACCAGCAGCAGGCGCGACGCAGACCCUCUCUGCUCUCGGAAUUCCACCCCGGAACUGAGAGGCCACCGGAGAGGAGGCAUGGGUACGAGCAGCAGUUCGUCUCGUCCCUCACCUCUCAGCCUGAGCAUGAGUCCCUGGAACCCAAACGGCCACGCGUUGAUGGGCCGUUGGAGACUCACUUCGCCCGCGCGCCAACAGGCACCAUUGUCCUGCCCGUGCCCCACGUCGUGCAGGAUGGCAUCAGGUCUGCAGCUGGAGAGGUCAAAAAGGAGACACAGUUCAAUGUGAAGGUGGAGGCGUCCUCCCCGGGAGGAGUGGGUCAGCAUAUGGCAGAGGAGCAGGACGCGUCCCCUUCCAAACUGUCCAAGGAGGAGCUCAUCCAGAGCAUGGACAGGGUGGACCGAGAAAUCGCGAAGGUGGAGCAGCAGAUAUUUAAGCUCAAGAAGAAACAGCAACAACUGGAGCAGGAAGCAGCCAAGCCAGUGGAGCCGGAAAAGCCAGUGUCCCCCCCACCAGUGGAGCACAAGCACCGCAGCAUCGUGCAGAUCAUCUACGACGAGAACCGGGUCGGUGCACUGGGGACCCCAGUCUCGCUAUUGCACACAACUCCAAAAAAAGCAGAGGAGGCCCAUAAAAUAUUCGAAGGUCUUGGUCCCAAGGUGGAGCUACCCCUAUACAACCAGCCAUCAGAUACUAAAGUGUACCACGACAACAUAAAGACUAACCAGCUGAUGAGGAAGAAGCUCAUAUUGUUUUUCAAGCGGAGGAACCAUGCACGCAAACAAAGGGAACAGAAGAUCUGCCAGCGCUACGACCAGCUGAUGGAGGCCUGGGAAAAGAAAGUGGAACGCAUGGAGAACAACCCGCGCCGCAAAGCCAAGGAGAGCCGCACGCGCGAGUACUACGAGCGACAGUUCCCAGAGAUCCGCAAGCAGCGUGAGCAGCAGGAGCGCUUCCAGAGCUCUUUUCUUGCUCUCUCAAGGGUGGGUCAGCGAGGAACUGGUCUGUCGGCAACCAUUGCGAGAAGCGAGCAUGAGAUAUCCGAGAUCAUCGACGGCCUAUCUGAACAGGAGAACAACGAGAAGCAGAUGAGGCAGCUGUCCGUCAUCCCGCCCAUGAUGUACGACUCGGAGCAGCGACGUGUGAAGUUCAUCAACAUGAACGGCCUGAUGGAGGACCCCAUGAAGGUCUACAAGUCCCGCCAGUUCAUGAACGUGUGGACGGAACAUGAGAAGGAGAUCUUUAGGGAGAAGUUUGUGCAGCACCCAAAGAAUUUUGGCCUCAUUGCUUCGUAUCUGGAAAGAAAGUGUGUGGCAGACUGUGUGCUUUACUAUUACUUGACCAAGAAGAACCAGAACUACAAAACACUGGUGCGGCGCAACUAUAGGCCGCGGCGAGGGAGAAAUCAGCAGAUAACACGGCCCUCACAAGAAGACAAGUCGGACGAUAAAAACGAAGAGGACAAAUCUGAGAAAUCUGAGAAAAAAGAGGACGAGGAGAAGAAGGAAGAGGAGGAGAAAGAUGAAAAGGAGGAGUCCAAGGACCUUGGCAAAGACAGAGACAAGUGUGACGGCGGGGAGGACGAGGACGGGAAGGAGCAGAGCACGCCGCGCGGACGCAAGACCGCCAACAGCCAAGGGCGCCGCAAGGGCAGGAUCACCACGCGCUCCAUGGCCAAUGAGGCUGCCUCCGUGGUGUCCGAGGAGGUCCCUCCACCCCCACCUGAGCCAAGUUUGCCUGAGCCUGUUCAGCCACCAAAAACUGAGCAAGGUCCCAAGACUGUACGAGAACCUGCCAAGACCGCUCCAGUGACCAUGGAUAGAGGAGCUGUCGAGAGCGGAGAGACGUCUCGCUGGACUGAGGAGGAGAUGGAAAUAGCCAAAAAAGGUUUGGUUGAGCACGGCCGUAACUGGUCGGCUAUUGCCAAAAUGGUGGGCACCAAAAGCGAGGCUCAGUGCAAGAACUUCUAUUUCAACUACAAGAGGCGGCACAACCUCGAGGAGCUGCUCCAACAGCACAAACAGGAAAGGCGGGGCCACAGAGGGGAUCGGGACGUGUCUCAGAGCGAGAGCAUGACCUCCACAGCCUCCGCGGCAGAUGAUGACGAGGACGAGGACAACCCAGAAGAUAGUGAAGGUCCAGACAACAGCUCCGACACGGAGAGCGCUCCCUCUCCGUCUCAGGCGGAUCCCUCCAAAGCCGGCGGGAUGGCCGCGCAGCGGGACGAGGACUCCGCGGCGGCCUCGUCCUCUGAGCAGGACGCCUGCGCCUCAUCCAAGGGCCAGGAGGUGCCGCCGGACGAGCUGCGGGUCAAGCUGGAGAAGAGCCCGGAGGAGUCCAGCGGCGACGUGCCGGGAGCCCAGGAGGAGCGCGGCCGCGGAGCCGGACCUGGCGGCUACGACGCUGCCCAGGUGCACACCAAGAGCGAGCCUCAGGACGUGGAGAUGAGCGGCAGCGGCGGCGUGCAGGUGAAGCUGGAGCCCGAGGCCAAGGAGCGGCUGGACAAGCACGGCGAGCACCCACACUCGGACAACGACUCCAGCGCCACGUGCAGCGCCGACGAGGACGUGGAAACGGAGCCCAGGAUGUACGACAAGCCGUCUAUGUUCAACCCCACCGGCUCGGUGUUGGUGUCGUCUGCCAUGCCGUCCCCACUGAACAUGCAGCAGCUCCAGGAGCGCGCCGCCGCCAUCCCACCCAUGGUCAGUUUCCAUAGCUACAACCCCCACAGCUCCAUCAGAUAUGCGGAGCGACUGGGAGGAGGGCUCAGGGUUCAGAGCAUGUCGUAUGUAGACCACCACCCCCACCAAGUAUGGCCCGAGCUGGAGGUGCCAGGUGUGUUCGGCCCUGGCGGCGUUCCCCAUCUGAGUGCCUACAACAUGUUCCAGCACCAGAUCAAGGCGGUGCACGAGUCGGCGCACCAGGACGACAAGCAGCGGCAGGACCAGGUGGAUCUGGAGCGCAGGCCCCGCUUGGCCACGCGCAGCCCCACCGUGCUCGACCGGGAAGGCAAGCCAUUCUACAUGCCUUAUGAAGUGCAGGAUGCCCAUGGAGGGGUUGUUCGGCCGGGCACUCCUUACCGCCUCUCUCCUCGCGAUCCCAGCAAGGCCUCGCCACAGCCGGACCCUGCGCGCUACAGUGUGCCACAGCCGGACCCUGCGCGCUACAGUGUGCCACCUGUUCUCCAGCCAGCGCCCAAUCAGAUGGUCCAGAACCUUACAGACGGGGUCCGCAUGGCCUUCCCUCGGCACAGACCGCCCAACAUUCCGUCUCCUCCUCCACUCAUUCCCACCUCCAAGCCCACUGACAAGCCCACGUUCAUCCAGGGGGGCUCCAUAUCCCAGGGUACGCCUGGCACGUACCUCCCCUCCCACAGCCACGGCGUCUAUGGGCCCGAGGCAGCCAAGAGCUCUGUGGGCUCCAUUUCCCUGGGGCUGCCAAGACAACAGGACCCCGCCAAGCCUGUGUCCUACAUAAAGCAGGAGGAGUGUUCCCCACGAGGCCAGAGCUCACAGGGCGAGGGUCUGCACUCCAGAGCGCAGUACGAGGGAGUGGUUAGAGGGGGUCCAAUGUCUGCCAUCCAGGACGUGGGCAUGGCGAGAGGCUCUUCUAACAAACCAUCAGAGGGAAUACCUUUCAGAGGCUCCAUCACACAGGGCACGCCAGCGCUGCCACAGUCCAGUAUAGCCGCCGACCUCCUGAAGACGACCAUCACCAAACUGGCCACGGAAGAGCUCAGCAACUCCGAAAAGAGUCGGGCAGAGGCCAUGAACAAGGGCCAUGUAAUCUACGAGGGCAAGCAGGGUCAUAUCCUCUCUUACGAUGCCAUCAAAAACCCAAGAGAAGGUACAAGGAGCCCACGCCCUGAUCUCAAGCGUCCUUAUGACAUGAUGGAGGGGGGGAGAGGUCACCCUGGAAGGGACUCUGUACCCUAUGAAGGGUUAAUAAGCAGGGCUCUGCCCAGAGAUGGGUCUCACCCGGAGUCCAAGGAUCGCAACGUUGUCACAGGGUCCAUCAUGCAGGGGACUCCUCGCACGUCUGUGGAAGCCUAUGAGGAAGGCAUGAAGUACGGCAAGCAGAUCAAGACUGAAAGCCCGCCCAUUCGCUCCUUUGAGGGGGGCAUCACCAAGGGCAAGCCCUAUGAGGGUGUGAACACCAUCAUCAUCACCAAGGAGUGUGGACGUUCCAUCCACGAGAUCCCCCGCCAAGAACUGCAGGGCCAGGACAACCGCAAGACCCCGGGACUGGAGGGCUCCAUGAACCAGCAGUCCACCAUCAAGCAUAAUGUGAAGUCGCUCCUCACCAGCCCCAGCAAGCUGCCGCACCCAGGCAUGCCCCAGCUGGAAGCCAUGGAGCGGGCAAAGUACGAGGAGGCUGCCGCCGCCGCCGCCAAGGCCUCUAAUGAGCGUGUGCGCCAAUCCGUGGUCAACUCCACCUCGGUCCUGCGCUCCACGCACCAGGAGGGCAACAAGUCCCAGGUCAGCCCGGUGAUGUACGAGGACGCCAACGCCCGAAGAACCCCGGUCAACUACAGCAGCAGCGGCAGCAGAGAGAUGUCCAGAGCAUCCCCACUGCUGGUGCGAGGACAGGAGGGGAGCAUCACAGCCGGGAAGCCGGUGUCUCACGAGAGGAAGAGCGCCCUGAUGUCCACCCAGACUGGCAGGGAGAGUGUUCCUGCCAAGUCUCCAGUGCUGACCGCCGACCCCAUGGGCUCGCCCUUCGACCCCCACCAUCGACCUGUCAUUCCUGGGGAAGUGUACAGGCCUCCCCACCUGCCUCCACACCUGGACCCCAACCUUGUUUUCCACCCAGCGUACAUAUUUCCGCGGCAACCGUCUCCGACAGGCUACCACAACACGUACCAGAUGUACACCAUGGAGAAUACGCGCCAGACCAUCCUCAACGAUUACAUCACCUCGCAGCAGAUGCAGGUCCCGCGGCCGGAUGUGGCCCGGGUGCUGUCGCCACGGGAACAUCAGAUUCAAAUCCCUUACCAUCCUGGACCACGAGGUAUUAUUGAUCUAGCCCAGAUGCCACGAGCUCCUAUCCUGUUGUCUGACCGCUUCACCUACCUCCCUGGAGCUCAGCCCCCUUUCUCUCCUAGUGCUUUCAACCAAGCCUCCAUGCUUGCAGCCAGCGCAGAGCGGGAGCGAGAGAGGGAGAGGGAGCGCGACCGAGACCACCGGGAGCGAGAGAAGGAGCGAGAGAAGGAGCGCGAGCAGAGAGAACGUGAAAGAGAGAGAGAGCGGGAGCGUGCCGCCGCCAACGAGUACAUGCGUGGAGGUCCUGAGCGGCCAGGCAGGCCUGGAAGCAACAGUUACCUGCGCUCGCCCUCGCCCUCUGUGAGGGCACAGGAGAGUGCCAACCAGCAGCGGCCCAGCAUUUUCCAGGGCACCAACAAUAAGAGCGUCAUCACGCCCCUCGUAAUGUCGUCAGCCCAGAGUCGCUACAGCAACGCCGCUGACGCCCUGGCAGCCCUGGUGGACGCCGCUGCUUCUGCCCCGCCGGUGGACGUGGCCAAGGUGAAGGAGAGCAAACAGCACGAGGCCCAGCGUGACGAGGACAUGAGCUCCUCGUCUGCCCGCCGAGCAGCCGCAGCCUUCAACGAGCAGCAGGAGACCGAGAGGCGGUCAAUGCAGUCGCCGUACGGCAGCAUGGCCAUGCCCGGCGGGGCCAAAGGCCAUCAGGGCUACAUGGAGGCACAGGCCGCAGCGGGAAAGGACAAGAACGCGCCCACCAAGUCUCGCAUCGAGGAGGAGUUGCGCACGCGCGGGAAGACCACCAUCACCGCCGCCAACUUCAUUGAUGUAAUCAUCACGCGCCAGAUUGCCUCGGAUAAAGACUCACGCGAAAGAGGCUCCCAAAGUUCCGACUCCUCCAGCAGUUUGUCAUCCAAUCGGUAUGAGGCCCAGAGCGGAGGUGCCGUUGAAGUCAUCAGCCCUGCCAGCUCCCCGGCGCAGAGUCAGGAGAAGCCCGAGAGCCCCUUCCCCCAGGAGAAGGCCUCCCAGCCACCCUCAGCAGGUGUCAUGAGGGCCUUCGACAUGAGCCGCUACCGUCAGCAGGUGGAGCGUGACCAAGGUCCUCCAGCUCCACAGCAGCCCCCCACCUCCCAGACGCACCGCGUCAUGACCCUGGCAGACCACAUCUCGCAUAUCAUAACCCGGGACUUUGCCCGCAAUCACGAGCCCAGCCCAGCCCCUACAUCCACGCCCUCGUCUUCAUCCUCCUCCUCGUCUGCGUCCGCCACAUUCCAGAGCUCGGCCCCGCACGUGUCCGGAUCGGGCCGGGCCAAAGGGCCCAGCAACUACAGCCCUGAGAACCCGGUCCUGGCCUCCCACCACCAGAGGCCCUCCAGCAGGGUGUCCCCUGAGAACGCCACGGACAAGCCCAGGUCCAGGCCAGGGAAAUCUCCCGAGCGAGGUGGUCGACCUCUGGAGAGUUACGAGCCCAUCUCUCCACCCCAGAGUUACAGCAUGGAGAAGCAGGAGGCUUCAGCCGCUCUGCUGCAAAGCCAGAGGAGGGAAGCCGACAUGCCUGAGCAGAGGACGGACUCACGCUCGCCAGGCAGUGGCAGCUACCUGCCCUCUUUCUUCACCAAGCUGGAGAACACUUCCCCCAUGGUGAAAUCCAAGAAGCAGGAGAUCUUUCGUAAGAAAGGUGUCGGUGAUUCUGAUGUUGGCAGUGCACAACCAGGUACAGAGAUCUUCAACUUGCCUGCAGUAACCAGCUCAAGUUCCGUGAAUCCCAGGAACCACUCCUUCAGUGACCCGGCCAGUAACCUGGGCCUGGAGGACAUCAUCCGCAAGGCGCUGAUGGGUAAUAUGGAGGAGCGGCCGGAGGAGUCGGCCCAGGCAGGGGGUCCCCACGGGGGCAGCGCCAGCAACCCCACCAGCAUGGCAGCGGUCAAUGAGGGCCGGCAGGACGCCAACCCCUCCCCAAACACAGGGAAACAGAAGCUGCAGGGAAAGCCUAACAGCCGCAAGUCCAAGUCGCCCAAUCCUGGACAGGCCUUCGCUGGGGGGGAGCGGCCAUCCUCCGUGUCCUCCGUCCACUCUGAGGGGGACUACCACCGGCAGCCCCCCGCCUGGGCCUGGGAGGAGCGCCCCUCCUCUACAGGGUCCAUGCAGUUCCCGUACAACCCUCUGACCAUGCGUAUGCUGAGCAGCACGCCGCCCACCUCCAUGGCCUGCCCGUCGCCCUCUCUGCAGUCCCAGCAGCCUCCACCACCCACGGGCUCCAUGCCCUCGUCGGGAGCGCCAGGGGGGGCGCCGGGACCGCAGCCAAGCCGUGUCUGGGAGCGCGAACCGCUCCUGUCGGAGCAGUACGAGACCCUGUCAGACAGUGACGACUGAGCUCAGCCACGAGACCAAGGACGCCCCCCUCUAUCAUAAAAAAACAAAACAAAACAAACCCUUGCAUCGCCUCGCUUCUGGGCCCUGAGGGAACAGCCCCGUCCCCCAUGAACCCCCCCACCUCCCCACCCCAGUGCGGGUCUGCGCCACGCGCCCCCCACCUCGCCCUGCCACGAGCCUCGAAACGCAGGCGGAACUCUGCAGGGAACUGCUGGGGUGGCACUUUUGGUGCGCUAGCGCCCCCUGGUGACACAGCCAGUGGAAAAUAAGGGGCACAGACUCCUGACACGUUGGAUGUUGCCACGAUGACAAGUAUGUUAGGAGCUUCUUUUUCUUCUUCUUCUUCUUUUGUUGUUGUGGAGAGACUUAACCACGUCACCUGGCCGGGGGAAAAGGCAGCUUAGACUUGUGUUGGCAGAGGUAUGUGUCAGUGUGUAUUUUUUUUUUCCUCCCUCUCCUUCCUUUUUAUCAGUUUUUAGUUCACAUUACCCAGCCCCCCUAUCUUUGCUGUUCCAAACAGAAAUCUGAUUUUUUGUAAUUGGUCUGUCCCAUUAAUGACAGAAAUUACCAAACUAAUGACACCUCUGCACCAUUGUUGCACUUUUUUUGCUUUGUAAGCUUUGACAGAUAUAAAGGCAUACUACCUAAUAUAAGUUAUUUAAGCUGCCCCCUGAAGGGGUUCCUUAAUUUGAUUUCAUCAGCAGUCGGCAUCACCCUCGGACUUCCUGAGUUCCAGUCCAUCUUCUCCGGUUGCAGAUGUCCUAUUUCCUUUAGAGUAUGGUACAGCUCUGUCAUGCGAGUGGCUUGUCAAUACCAUUUUUUUUUUUAGUCUCUUCAUGGCCAGAGGAAAGCUGAUUCUCUCUUUUUUGUCAUUUACGUUAAUAAAACUCAUUGUCUCGCU